AUGCUUUUAUGCGUUUUGUCGAUAUUUGCAACGAAUGUUUUUGAUCCUAAUUUUAAUUAUUUAUUUGAUCAAUUUAACGGUUAUUGUUAUAACGUUAUUAGCACAAAAGAAAAUACACAACAAAAUAUAAUCAGCGAAAAUGGAGUAUGUAAUGACAAUAUACAGAUAGAAAAUGAACAGGGAAUUGGAUGUUUUGAAAAAAUUAAUAAAUUCUGGUUAGAUAAUGAUUGUACAUAUGAACAAUAUGGUCAAAAUACACAUGAAGCAGGAGAUUUAUUGUUGUCAAUUCCAAGUAAAGAUAAUGAAGAGCUAUCUCAAAACACAGAAAGCUUAAAUUUUGUUGAUCAGAAUUAUUUAAUGGACAUUGAUGCAAAUACAAUUAUUAAAAAUAAAGUUUCUAAUAACCCCAAGUUUUGCAAUAAUGUUUUAAACGCUACAGACUUUUUGCAAACCAAUGUAACAGAGAGAAAUUUGUCUGUGAUAAAUAAUGAUAGUUUUUCUACACAAAGUAACAUAUGUACUGAUUCAAGUUUUCCUAAGCAGUUGGAAAAUAUACCAGCUGAACAACAAAAUGAAUUUCUGACUGAACAACUAUCAAAGGGAUGUAUCAGUAAACAUUUUGAACUUAAUAAUCAAAAUAUCGACGACAUAGUUAUCGAAACUUAUUCAUUUAAAGAUGUUGACAUUGAAAAAUACAUUAAUUGGGACCCAAGUGAAUAUGAUAAUAAACAAAAUUUUUUCCAAGAGUUUGAUUUUGUAUAUAAUUACAAUUUAGUUGAUUCUGAUUUUAAACAGGGUGAUACUGAUAAACAUGUAGAUGUACAAGAUAAAAUGUUUAGCGAGCAUAAUAAUGUAAUUUAUAAUGAAGUAGUGACCAAUGAAUGUAGUAAUGCCAAUUUCAAAAGAACUUUUAAUAAUGACGGGUUGACUACAAGUUAUACAAAAGAAAAAAAAUUGAAAAAUGAUGAUUUGUUAGAUAAGAAAACUACUAAAAGCUUUUCAGCCGAUAGUUUACAUGUUAAAUUUUCUAAUACUUUAAUUAAAAAUAAAAAAGAGCUGUGUGUAAUUAUAGAUAAUUUUUUUUCCAAUGUAAUACAACAUUCAUAUAUAUAUCUUAUAUACGAAGACUUGACAAAAAAUUUUAUAUAUCAUAGCAUUCGAAACAGAAUAUUAGAUUGUUCUAGAUGGUUUAAAAAAAUUGAAAAUACGGCUGAUGAGCUUAUAAAGAACGAUUUUAAAUCUUUAAAGUUUUCAGCUUCUACAAAAAAUCUCAUUUUUGACUGUCUUGAAUUUUUUAGAAAAAUUGCAAAUUUUAUUAUUAGCGUUGAAAGCUAUUUACGUCCUAGACAAUACAAUGUUGGCGAUUUAAUUAAUAAUUUAACAUUAAUUGAAACUUUAAUGAAUGAAAUUAUUAUAAAACUUGACUUUAAAAAAAUUGAACAAUCUAUGCAGCAAAUUUUUUUUAGAGAAAAUAUAAUUGUUAAUUUUUCUGAUUUAAAAGCUGAAAAAGAUAUUUUGCAAGUUUUAUUUAAUACACAAACGUUUGCAAAAAAAGUAAGAUUAUAUGGUUUUAAUAUUACAAAAUUGAAAGAGUUUUCUGAACUAAAUUUUUAUUAA